GUUAUGCAAUGUCUCUGAUUGGAGUUCGACAAUCGGCCAGUCGAUUGCGCACAUAAAUCGAUAGAUUUACUAUCGCACGCACCACACGCAUCUGUACUAUUUUACAGCAUUUUACUGUUUUCAUUAUGCAGCCACACUUAAAUAUUCACAGCUUGUGUUUACCCAAAAUUUAGAGUUAGCGCCAAAAAUCCAUUUCUAUUUGCAAAGAUGGUCGAGCCGAAGACACCGAAAACGCCGACACAGCAGAAACCAGCCCAACGAAAGCCCAGUGCUGACACAUUCCUGCCCCUCAGCCGUGUCCGGACAAUCAUGAAGAGCUCCAUGGAUACUGGCCUAAUAACCAACGAGGUGCUCUUCCUCAUGACCAAGUGCACGGAACUGUUUGUACAGCAUUUGGCCCAUGAGGCGCAUGCAUUGACAGCCAAACAGAAAACCGGCACCGGGACCAGCGAUACCGUCAAAUACGAGCAUCUGUCGCAGCUGGUAAAUAGAAACAAAAACCUGGAAUUCCUCCUGCAAAUUGUGCCCGAAAAGAUUCGCGUGCACGAAUUCCAGGAAAUGUUGCGGAUGAAUCGUUCCGGUGUCAGUGAUGACGACGAUGAGUCCGGCUCGGGCUCCGAUUCGGAUGAAUAGGCCAAAGCGCCCUCUAAUCUUCCGCUCUUCUCUCAAACACAAAGUUAGAUGCAUUUGGCAAACGGUGCACACAGAAUGGGGGACAGAGUGAGGAAAUGCAACUUUAUGGAAAUGGUAUAUUAUUCCCGCUAUAGCUAAUUGUAAUUAUAUUUAUGUAUGUAUAUCUCUCUUAAAAUAUUUUAAUAAAUUUACACAUAACUUAUGUAUAUCCAAUAAAAGAGGUCUUUAGCUCUA